AAAAACCAAAGCAAAAUGAAGUCCCUGCUGCUGCUUUUGGUCUUGGGGCUUUUGCUAAGCUGGAAGAAAGGAGAGGCAUUGGUUUCUCCCAGUGACUACCAGGGUAAGUCGUCUCAAGGGAGUAAAUACAUAGGCAAUGAAUUUGAAAAUGCUCUCAAUGGGGUGAAACAGAUGAAAAGUCUGAUGGACAAGACAGGAAAGGAUCGCAGAAUGCUGCUCACCAACCUAGAAGAAGCCAAGAAACAGAAAGAGGAAGCCAUCCGAGAGGCCAACCUAGAGAAGCAGAUGGUUGAGAAGCCAGAGGUUUGCAACGACACCAUGCUGGCCCUGUGGGAGGAAUGCAAGCCCUGCCUGAAACAAACCUGCAUGAAGUUCUACACCAGGUCUGCAGGAGUGGUUUCAGGCCUGGUUGGCCGCCAGUUAGAGGAGUUCCUGAACCAGUCCUCACCUUUCUCCAUCUGGAUAAAUGGGAACCGCAUGGACAGCCUGUUGAAAGAUGAUCAAGAACAAAAGCAGAGGCUGAUGAACCUGGAAGAGAAUUACAGCUUGGUUCAGCACAACCUGGAUGAGUUAUUCCAGGGCAGCUCCCUGUUCCCUGAGGACUCACAUCCUAUGCUCUACAACCCCUUUGGAGGGGUAUUCAGCGACUCCCCAAGGGCCCCAUUCAGACCUUUGUUUUUCCAAAAGCAUAGGUUGGUCGGAGACAUUCCAUCUUUCUUCUCCCAACGUCCAGUAGGUUUCCAGCACCUGUUCCAGCCCCUCUUUGAAAUGUCCCAGAGGAUUAUGGAGAGUGCCCACCGGGCUAUGGAACAGGAAAAACAAUGGCAUCUCAGCACCCAUCACUCUCCAGAAAAUGGCACCAGUGACCGCAUGGUAUGUCGGGAAAUCCGUCGCAACUCAGCAGGAUGCUUGAAGAUGAAGGAUCAAUGUGAGGAAGUGCCGGGAGAUUUGUCAGUAGACUGCUCUGACACAGACCCAAACCAGAGCCAUCUGAGGGAAAAGUAUGAAGAUGCUCUUCGGAUAGUAGAAAAAUUUGACAAAGAGUAUGAAGACCUCCUCCAGAUGUACCAACUGAAGAUGCUGAACACCUCCUCCAUCCUGGACCAGCUGAACCAGCAGUUUGGCUGGGUGUCCCGGCUGGCCAACCUCACCCAGAACAAGAAUGGAGACUAUCUCCAGGUCUCCACUGUGUACACCAGGUCUCCAAACCCAGAGGACCCCUCCAAACCUUCUGACACAGAAGUGGUCGUGCAGCUCUUUGACUCGGAACCAAUCACCUUGACUGUGCCUGCAGAGAUCUCCUGGGAUGACCCCAAGUUCAUGGAGAUCGUGGCUGAGGAAGCUCUUAAGCAGUACAAAAAGAGGAACCUAGACAACCAAAUCGUGUAAAUGGAGCUUUCCUCACCAUUUGGCCGACAGAAUCCAGAUCCCGCAGCUUCUCUAAGAGGUUCCUGCAUGCUACCUAGUCACCAAGGUCAAACGGGGGCAUAAAGGAGACCUUGGUCCAGUACAAGCCCCUUUCACACCCCACAUCUGCCUGCACUUCCAGAUUUCACACUGUUAACACCUGUACUUUGCUGCUGUAGGGAGAUAUCCUAUCUCCUUGAACAACUAACUCAGUAAACUAAACCUGACAUGGAUGGCCUGAA